AUGUCCGGCGAGAGGUUAUCAAAUUCCAAGUUCCUUCCUGGUCCCGACCAGAAGCAGGUAGCCCGCUUGACCAGCGAACUUGCGGAACAUGCAGGCGAGGUCAAAACCACCAUCGUUGGUGGGUGUUGUGACGAGGAAGGCGUACUGAGGGAUGGGCUCUCCGGAGGAGAUCCUCCCGCCAACCCACCCACCAACCCGCAGGAGGCCCAAACAGCCCCGGAACUAAUACCAGAAGAUGAUGACGUUGACAUGGACCCUGUUGAAAAGGCAGGCGUUUUCUCGUUCCGUGCCGGAUCUCGACUGGUGCAAAACUCUACCCGCCCGGACUUGCAACUACCUGGUUCGUGGUCAGAAGAUGCUGAGGAUGCCCGUGUGCGCAAGGAGAAGCUUGCUCGCAAGGCGGAGUCCAAAGAAAAGAAGCUAGCUGGCAUGGCUGCAAGACAAGCUGAGGUGGAUGCCGCGAUAGCCAACGGUGUUCCCCCCGACGAAUCGUGUUCCUACUGUGGUGGUCCACACUGGAGGCGUGCGUGCCAAGCCACUCCCGAGGUGAAGGAAGCUUACCGCCAGGGCCUCAAAGCUGCCAAGAAGGCUGCCCGUACCGCCGCAAAGGCUGCAGAAGCAGCAGCAACAGCUAAAACCACUGGGGUGAUGCCUCCCCCACAAAAGAAACGGAAAGACCCAGUCGAUCCGGAAGCAAAACCGAAGAAAAAGGCACGCCAGGCGGUCAUCAAUACUGUCGCCGAGGAGUUCAGGAGCGCUACUCUUGAACCUGCAAACCCUGCCCGCUCUCGAACAGGGUCGGUCUCGUCCACCCCAAGUGCAGCUACGUUGACCCCUGGGUCAAAGAUACACCAAACGAAACGCUCUAAGAUGGCCCAAGAAGGAGGUUCGUUCGACGGUAUCCCGCAACGGUUUACCGACGGUAAGUGGAUCGUUCUGAAGCCAACCGGCUUCCAACCCCACGAGGACCUGUUCCUUCAAGUGGUGAAGGGUGUCAGCGAGGCCCUCCUCGCCCUCCCCACGCCCGACAUGGCCGGACCGAAGCACGUCGAAACGAGAAAGAAACUAACUGACGCCAUCUCCUCCAAGGAAAUCGCGUACAAGAUAGCGACAAUGGUCCCCAAGACCUUCUUCGUGAUGGACGAGAUGAAGAUCGGGAACACCACGGGCCCGAAAAAGAGGAUCACCUUCGCGCAACCACCGGGCUUCCAAAAGAUCGAGAUUGCGUUCGGGGACUACAAGAUCAGGUUCUGGCCGGAGGACCUGACUGCGGCAUGCCACUCUUGCAAAGGGACCCACGGUCCGACCUGCACACUCUGCCAACGAGUGGACGGGGACGACUGGGACCUGGAGUACUAUAGGCUGCCGGACAAUUUAGCUAGAUUUUAG